AUGAAUAUUCUACCUAAGAAAAGGUGGCAUGUGCGUACCAAGGAGAAUAUUGCUCGUGUACGAAGAGAUGAAGCAAAAGCUGCAGAAGAAGAAAGAAUUAUACAGGAAAGAGCUCAAAAGGCUGAAACCGAAGCAAGAAUUAAUUUUCUAAGAGAAACAGCAAGAUCAAAGUAUGAUGGACGAGAAGAAGUAUCAAAGGUUGAAAUUGUUGCAUCUACCUCAAAGCAGGAACAUGUCAAUUUUUUUGCCGAUCUUGAAGAAGGAAAAAUUGAUUAUAAUAAACCUAAUGCAGAACAUGAGAAAGAAAAGAAAGAUGAACGAGAAAAAUAUGAAAAACAAAUCGGUUAUCUUACAUAUCUUGGACAAGACACUAAUGAAGCAACAGGCAAGAAGAAUUGGUACGACGAGUUGCCCGAGAGGCUAAGAGACACUGAGAAAACUGAAGAAGUACAAGUUAAAAAGAAGGCAAUGAGUGAUCCGAUAAAUGAUAUUAAAAAGUACUUAAAUAUUAUGGGAGCCAGCUCUAUGGAUAAACCUUUGAAAAUAAAAUCAGAACCUGUUAAACGAGUAAAGCAUGAUUCAGAGGGCAGUGAUUCGGAUCACAAAAGCAGUAGAUCUUCGAAAAAACAUAAACAUAAAAAAUCUAAAAAACAUAAAAAAGAACGACAUCACAGUAAGGAUAGACAAACUAUAGAAAAGUCAAACAUAGAUAUACAAAAAUUAAGAGCUGACAGGCUAUUAAGAGAACAGAGUGAAAAAUUAAAAACUGAAGCAUUAUUAGCUAAAUUAAGAGGAGAUCCAGUUCCAGUAGUGGCACCUGAAACACCUCUUAGGCCUACUAUUAAACAAAAAUAUAAUUCACAGUUCUUUCCUGAAAUUGCUAGACAAAAUGCUGAAAGAACACCCAAUGUACAUUCAGUGAGGGAAUAG